AAUGAGAGACGCAUCUCUGAUAGUAGCAGCUCAGAGAACAGACGCAACACGGACUUCUAUGUCAGAAGGCAUUUCACGCAGGAUGGGGCUCUUAUUUCUAACGGUGUAUUUAUCAUUUUCAUGCCUCAAUAGUUUGACAGAGGCGAACUCAACGCUUUUACCGAGGAUGACAUUCACAGAGAAAGAGACUGCAGUGAAAAGGUUACCUUUACCUGGACACCAGGCACCCGUAGGGAUUGUUCUGGAAGGAGCGCCGGACACUGUCAUAGUUGUUGGACAAAAACACCUGAACUCAUUCAACUUUCAAAAUCCUCAGAAGGCUCCGGUGGAAAUAAGCGUGAUGUGGACAGAAUGCAUCGUCAGUGGGCUUCCAGUAAGUGUGAAAGCGGAUUGCAACUAUAACAUCAGUGUGGUCCACAAGAUGGAAGAGGACAACCAGGUGUUUCUGUGUGGAACCAAUGGCAAGGCAACAGUGUGCUGUGCUAUGGACGUAUCGGUGCAGUCACCCAGGUGCAUUCCCUAUGAUAAAAUGAAGCAGAUAAAGGAACGCAUAAAAGAAUUUGGCAUAAAAGAAGGUGAACCGUCAGCCUUUGUGGAAUCUAAGGAUAGUGAUCUCUACAUUACAUACUCUGGAUCUCAAGAGUUCGUUGGCAUCCACAAGUUUGGGAGAAACCGAGUUGUACCGGCAAGACAUGAUAAAGAGCAGCACUAUGUGGGUUUGGUGCUCGGCAGACAGAAAGACGAUCACAAGCAGAACAAAGCGUAUGCCUUCUAUAAGGAGAAAAACAGAGACACAGGCAUGUACAGUGAGAUGUGGCUCCCUUUUGUGACCAGGGUUUGCAUGGAAGAUCGUGGUGGUCCCAGGAACACCCUGCAGUCUAGCUGGACAUCCCAUAUGACCGCCAGGCUCUUCUGUGGGGACUCUGACAGCAAACAACAUUUCUCUGAGCUGGUGGAUGUGGCUACUGUGCCUGCAGACCAGUGGCAGGAUACCAGGGUUUAUGCACUCUUCAGAAAUGAAUGGGGUAUGAGUGCUGUGUGUGUCUAUAUGUUACGAGAUAUUGAACGGAUCUACGAAUCCUCCCCCUUUAAAGGCACGGACCACCAAGCGCGCAGGCCUAGAACGUGUGUUCCAGACAGCACAAGGAUUUCUUUAGACGUCCUGAAGAUGAUUGAGGAGAAUUCGGAGAUGGAGCAUUGGGUCCGGCCCGUGAACAAGUCUGGCCCACUUCUCUUUAAUCACCACAGCUACACCCACAUCCAUGUUGAUGGUUCCCAGAAUAACAACCACCACACCGUCCUGUUCCUGUCUCUAACUAAUGGAAGAGUUCAUAAGGCGAUGCAGGAUAAAAGUCAGAGCUUCAUCAUCGCUGAGUAUCAACCUUUCGACCACAGAGCACACAUCCUCAGCAUCCUCUUUCACCCCACCUCUAGGAAGCUGUAUGUGAACUCCAGAAGUGAACUGGUCCAACUGGACGUGGCCGACUGCACUCAGUAUGGAGACAGAUGUGAGGAUUGUGUCUUGGCCAGAGAUCCUUACUGUGGUUGGAACAGCACCCACUGCACCCCUGACACACAAGGCACACUGCAGGACUUGACCCAAGGGAACCAUACCAUCUGUUUGACUAAGCUUCAUCAGCUCCCUGGAAAAGCAUUUAGAUCUUCCACUGCUACACAUGCAGACGAGGCCGGCAGCAGCAUCGCACUUCGCCCUGAGUCCAAGUAUUUCCUCAAGUGCCCGGUGUCGUCCCAUCACGCCCAGUAUACCUGGCUUCACCUUGAAAGCAACACAUCCUGCAGCUCGAGGGAGCAGCAGUGCCUUCUUCUGAUCGACAGCAUGGGUCCCGAGCAGGAGGGAAUUUACACGUGCGUGUCGGAGGAGAUGGGCUACAGCAGAGUCCUGGCACAGUACAAACUACAGCUUGAGAGCAGGGCGGCGGGGCGUUCAUCAAGCCCACUGGUCUGGCUUUGUCUAAUGGCUGUCCUGAUCAAGAGUUUGUCCUGUUAAUCCCGAGUAAAUAACAUGAAUACGAUGGCGAUAAACGACACUUCCAACUUCAAGUGUCUGUAGUCCUACUGUAGCUAUAGAUAGAGCUAACAGUAUAACUAAAUUGAAAAUCCUUUAUUUCAUUUUGUUACCACAAAUCCUAAUCGUAAUAAUUUCCUUUAAUUUAAAGGUGUUAAAUUCGAUAUUCAGAUUAUACAUUAAUACAACAUUAAACAACUAUUAGCUGUGUAAAGAUAUAGUGGAGUAAUGUCUAC